AUGUCCCUCAAAAUUCACUUCUUGCAUCACCAUCUCGAAUACUUCAGCAAGCAGCUAGCCUCAGAGUCGGAUGAACAUGGCGAGCGCUUCCAUCAAGUGGCAAUGCCAAUGGAAACGCGAUAUAAAGGCAAAAGGCUCGAUUCGCUGGUGGCUGAAAUUUGUUGGUGGUCGCAAAAGACGUACGAUCCUGACAAUGAAGAUGAAGAAAAAGAAUAUACAAUGGGAGUUUCCUCCGAGGAUGAAGACAGAUCCUCAUCCGAUACAGACUCUGAACAAGUGGGCGAACCACCACGCAUGAAAGGUUCAUCCGUAUCUUGCGGACAGAAGGGUAGGUUUUCGAAAGAUUUCCAAGAUUUAAGAGCUUCACCACAACGAUUUGCUGAAAAUUUUCGUAUGCAACCGGAGAUCUUUGACGAACUUUUCGAUAUACUAGAGCCGCAUUUGCAUAGGAAAAGAAAUACGAGGCCACGAGACUCCAUCCCCGAAAAAGCCAAACUUGGUAUUGUUCUCGAGUACCUGGCUUCUGGUGAUGUGCAGCGGCAUAUAGCAUCUUGCUAUCGAAUAAGCCAGCAGGAUUUUGGGAAAAUCAUAACGAAAGUGUGUUCCGCAAUCGUAGAAGCUUUCAAGACUGAAAUACCAGAGUGGUCAGAAGACAAUCUAAAGAAAUUCCCAGAUGGGUUUAGCGAUGUGUGGAACUUCCCAAAUUGUGUGGCUGCUAUAGACGGCAAACAUGUUGGUAUAAAAGCGCCACGAAAAAGUGGAAGUGUUUUCUUUAAUUACAAAGGAUUCUAUUCAGUGGUUCUUCUGGCAACUUGCGACGCUGUUUAUAAAUUUACCUAUGUUGAUGUAGGAGCUUACGGUAGCGAAGGCGAUUCCAACAUUUUCAACAAUUCAAAAUUUGGCGAGAGAAUAUUAAGCGAUAGAUGUCCAUUCCCAUCAGAUACUACGAUCAUGGGUAAAAGAGUUCCAUUUUUCAUGGUUGGAGAUGACGCAUUCCCAUUAUGUAAACGAAUCAUGAAGCCAUACAGUGCAAAACCAUUGUCGCCGGAUGAGCUGAGUAGGGCACGACGCUGCAUAGAAAAUGCAUUCGGUAUAUUAAGUGCAAGAUGGCUUUGCUUACGGAAGGUGCUUUUUUGUAGUCCAGAUCGUGCUCAAAUUAUCAUUAUAGCCUGCUGUUUAUUACAUAAUUUUUUGUUAAGAAAAUCACAAUCUUAUUGUGAUAAUAAUUUCUCUGGCUUUGAGGAUACAAACCGAAUCUGGGUACACGGUGAAUGGGAGCCAUUAAUUUUAGGUGACUCCUUUAUUCAGAGUAAUUUGCCUGCGUUCCGAGGAAGAGCUACGGAUUAUGGAAAGUUUAUAAGAAAUAUUUUAAAGGAAUACGUUAACUCGGAGUCCGGAUCUGUUCCAUGGCAGAACAGCGCUGCAUUUGUAUAA